GAGCGCUGUUCGCGAACUGAUGCUGACAGCCGCUCGAUCGAUGCAAAGGUUACAUUUUAUCCUAGCAUGCUACUUCAAGACGCAUACGCACUGCAGAGCUUAUUGAAAUAUAAGUGUUUACAAAAAAUGGUCAAAAUUAGAUUGAUUUCCGUGGCUAUGUAGCAGUUGCCUGAUGGUGGAUGCACUUUUGGGAUUUCGGAUUUGCACGGACGCCCGUGUGUCUGCUCUCUCACUAGUAAAGUGGCUUCAUGAGUGUCCAAAGUAACAGUGGAAGUGGUGGUGGAAGUUUGGAGGCGACGCCAUCUUGGUCGCAGCUAUCCUCGUCCCUAACGAUUUCUCAACAACACAUAACGGCCACCACCAAGACCAAGGAAGGCCCCAUGGAGGAGCUGCACAGCCUGGACCCUCGCAGGCAGGAGCUUCUGGAGGCCAGGUUCAUGGGUGCGGUCAGCGGCAACACCGUAGGAAGCAGCGCCAGUGGCGGGGCCAAGGGUCUGGCCAACGAGUGCUCCAACCACAGCUAUGGCAGUCUCGGCUCUUCCAGCGACAAAGAGUCAGAGACCCCUGAGAAGAAGCACUCUGAGUCGCCCAGAGGAAGGAAGAGGAAAGCUGACAUCCAAUCGGAGAACAGCCAGGGGAAGACUUCCACACGGGGGCCCAAGAUCAGUGACUACUUUGAUUUCCAGGGGGGGAGUGGCUCCAGUCCGGUGAGGGCUUUACCCCAGUUCCUCCGCUCACCACAGAACUCCCACCAAGGUGCUCAUUCUGCACCUGGCUCUAAUAUCAGACAAAACAGCUCCUCUCCUACCAGUCUGUGUUUCGGAGAUCACCUGAUGAACCACAAAGCCUCCUCCAGCAAGUGUGUUCAGACAGAGUUGACAGGUCUGAAACUGGCUGCUCUGGAGAGCAACAAGAGUCUGGACCUGGAGAAGAAAGAGGGACGCAUAGAUGACCUGCUUAGGGCCAACUGUGACCUGAGGAGACAGAUUGAUGAACAGCAGAAACUCCUGGAGAAAUACAAGGAGAGACUGAACAAAUGCAUCACAAUGAGCAAGAAACUACUCAUAGAGAAGAGCACCCAGGAGAAGCAGUCGUGCAGAGAGAAGAGCAUGCAGGACCGUCUCAGACUGGGUCACUUCACCACUGUACGACAUGGAGCCUCCUACACUGAACAGUGGACCGACGGAUACGCAUUCCAGAACCUUGUCAAGCAGCAGGAGGGUAUCAACCAGCAGAGAGAGGAGAUCGAGCGUCAGAGGAAGCUGCUAGCCAAAAGGAAGCCUCCCAACCCCUCCUCCUCCCCCUCCCUCUCCUUAGGAACCACCUCCGAACCCAAACAGCGUAAAGCCAAGGUUGUAAACGGCAAUGACCCCGACCCCUUCCUCAAACCCUCCCUGCCUCAGAUGUUGACUCUGGCUGAGUAUCAUGAGCAGGAGGAGAUCUUCAAGCUUCGCCUGGGACACCUGAAGAAGGAGGAGGCUGAGAUCCAGGCAGAGCUGGAGAGGUUGGAGAGGGUGAGGAACCUCCACAUCCGAGAACUGAAGAGGAUCAACAAUGAGGACAGCUCAUCGUUUAAAGACCACCCCACUCUGAAUGAGAGGUACCUGCUGCUGUAUCUGCUAGGCAGAGGAGGCUUCAGUGAAGUCUAUAAGGCCUUUGACCUGUUUGAGCAGCGCUACGCAGCCGUUAAAAUCCACCAACUCAACAAGAACUGGAGAGAGGAGAAGAAGGAGAACUACCACAAGCAUGCCUGUAGAGAAUACCGGAUACACAAACAGCUGGACCAUCCCAGAAUAGUCAAACUCUAUGACUACUUCUCCCUGGAUACAGACACGUUCUGUACGGUUCUAGAGUUCUGUGAGGGGAACGACUUGGACUUCUAUCUGAAACAGAACAAGCUGAUGUCAGAGAAGGAGGCGCGGUCUAUCGUCAUGCAGAUAGUCAAUGCCCUGCGAUACCUCAACGAGAUCAAACCCCCCAUCAUACACUACGACCUCAAACCAGGUAAUAUCUUGCUGGUGGAUGGGACUGCAUGUGGAGAGAUAAAGAUCACAGACUUUGGGCUGUCUAAGAUCAUGGAUGAUGACAACUAUGGUGUGGACGGCAUGGACCUCACCUCACAGGGAGCUGGCACAUACUGGUACCUUCCCCCAGAGUGUUUUGUAGUAGGCAAGGAGCCUCCUAAGAUCUCUAACAAAGUGGACGUCUGGUCGGUCGGGGUCAUCUUCUUCCAGUGCCUCUAUGGACGGAAGCCAUUUGGCCAUAACCAGUCUCAGCAGGACAUCCUUCAAGAGAACACCAUCCUCAAAGCCACCGAGGUCCAGUUCCCUGCCAAGCCCCAGGCCAGCACAGAGGCCAAGGCGUUUAUCCGGCGCUGUCUGGCCUACCGUAAGGAGGCUCGUUUCGACGUUCACCAGCUGGGCACUGACACGUACCUCCUCCCUCACAUGAGACGCACCAACUCCUCAGGCUCCCUUCAGCCCGCCUCCUCCUCAAUUUCCUCCUACUGAAUGGCUGAUGGACAUGACUGACAGGCCCACCGGUCAAUCCUAUAGCAGAACUGAUCCUAAUAUGGGAAAUGGAGUGGUGUUGGGUAUUCAGAAUCCCCCAGCCGCAGUGAAAGGGACGUGAAUUUGUUUGGCUGAAUAGAAUGGAAUGGAUGACACGUGAGAUGGGGAAAGAGAAAGACAGAGUGGAGGUGGAGACACUGCUAAUGUUUCCAAGUAGCUUUGCCGAAACGUUGCACUGUGUUCUGAUCCUGAAGGUGUACCUGCUUUACAGAGAGAGAGAGAGAGAGAGAGAGAGAGAGAGAGAGAGAGAGAGAGAGAGGAAGGAAGAGAAGCUCUACCCCUUGUGCAUGCCAUUGGACAUGCUGUGUCUGUUGCCAUGGGGACUUAAGUGGGGCUAGGCCACACCCCUUGCUAAUGUUGAACUGGGCUCUUAUUGGUGGAGAGGUAAACUGUAAACAAAAAGCAACACGUUUAGUUGUUUAUUGGAAUCCCCAUCAGAAGUCCAUUCCUAAAUAGUCCACUAGCUUCUACUAUAGAAGGCACUUCCUGUAGAUCUGAAGGGAUUGGAUAGGCAUUAAACUAUCUCCACCUUGUGCCUGGAUAGGCCAAGUGGAAUGUUCUCCAUAUUGCUUAGACCUCUGCAGUCAGUUCAGAUCUACACCAGUAUGUUGGUGCUAGAGGUCGAUUUGGGAUGUGGCUUGAAUCCCCAGAAUCGAUCAGUUGGUUUGCCAGACUCACAGUAAACCUUGGACUAAAUUGCACUUCUAAUCAAGAUGAUUUGGUUUCAUGGACAUGACUUCUUGAAAUAGUCCUGGACUAAGGCUAAGCUUCAGUCCCAGACUGUCGGACAGAAGUUCAUAAAGUCACGUUUUUAGAUCUUGAAUCAAGAAUGAAAUCUACUCCUGGAUUAAUAUAAUCUGGCUGUGUGAAAGAAGUUGGUUUUAGGCAGUUUAGGUCCUCCGUGGAUCCAUCCCUCUACAAUGUGCUGAGUGCUAGGCCUGUUCAGGCAAUGACGUCUGUUUAGCAGAACACAAUGAAACCAUAUAAGGAUCAGCUUUAUUGUAAAGAUUAAGGUUUCAAUACUCAAAUCUGGAGGAAAUUCAAUGUACAUUUCAUGUGUAGGAGUGGCAUAUCUGCAAUCUCAGUCUGUACAGGGGGUCAAACACACUCAAUGUACUGAACUCUCACUAGGCAGUGCCCCUGUUCUCAAAUGAAUAAAAGACAAAACGCCUAGAAACACAA